AUGAUGAUGAAACAACUGUUUUGGUGUCUUCUGUUUUUCUUAUGCAGUCAAGUAACAUAUUGUACUCAACCUUAUCUUCCUUCGCAAAUAACAUUUUAUACUGAUGACGAUAAAACACUCGUGGCAGUCAAUGAAAUUAAUCAGCAGGCUUAUCAAAUGUAUACAAUCAACUCAUUACAAGCACAGUAUGCAUUUGCAAUAAAACAGUUUCCUUAUACAAUACCUGAUUCACCAGAAUCUAAAUAUUAUGUUCAAUUAAUUAGCUAUUUUCCAUCCAAUAGUUGUAUGUAUGGAGCAUAUUUGAAACACGGUGGAUUUUCGUUUAACUCAUUUCCUUUACAUUGGAACUCUAACAGUACAACGUUUAAAAUUGAAAAUUAUAUUAAAUUUAAUUAUAAAAUGAUACAUUCGGAAAAUAAUUCGACAACGGAAGAUUAUUGGUAUGCAGAUCAAUUAUGUGAAGUCUAUAGUGGUGAAAACUUUCCUUGUGAAGAAAUAUAUUUUAUUAAAGAUACGAAUAUAUCUCUUCGAACAACAAAAGUUAUUCGUCAAGGAUGGGACUUAAUACAAAGAACAACAAAAUAUAGAGUUAUAUCGAUUGGCAAACCUGAUGUUCAUCUAUUUAAUAUGAUUCCAAUAAAAUGA